AGGAGGCGAGAGGAGAAUCAGAGCAGCCGCUGUGGAGCUGCGGAGGAUCUUAACGGGACGGGGCCUUUAACAAAACCCCAUCAGUGGUGGACAUUUCAUUUCUCUGUGAACUCUAAACAAAGGAUGUAUUUCUACUGAAAACAAAAGAUCUGCUUUCAUACGCUGGAAACUUUUCCACAGAGAUGGAAGGGAAUAUCCUAUGGAUUAUUUUCUUCUUGUUGUGUUUGCAUGUUGGCGAAGGAUUUCGCUGUGUGGAUAAAUACAGACCUUGCGAAAAUGGAGGGACAUGCAUAGAUUCACCCUCUCGAUGCAUAUGUCGCCCAGGAUUUAUUGGUUCUCUCUGUCAACACUUGGAUCCCUGUCAUCGAUCACCAUGUCUGAAUGGGGCAGCUUGCAGAAGCCAGGUGGUUAAUGAUAUCCCACAGUAUACCUGUGUGUGCCAGAGAGGGUUUAGAGGCCAAGACUGCUCCCUCAUCGAUGCAUGUGCCACAAGUCCUUGUGCUAAUGGGGCCCGCUGUGCCAAUUGGAAUAAUCACUACAACUGUUCAUGUCCACCUGGCUACCAGGGAAAGAACUGCCGCAAUGACAUCGAUGAGUGCCGCAAGCCUGGAGCAUGUCUCAAUGGUGGCCUCUGCAGUAAUACCCAUGGGUCUUUCCGGUGCCAGUGCCAGCAAGGAUACAGUGGACGGACUUGUGAGGUGUCCACCUUACCCUGUGCCCCAUCUCAGUGCCUUAAUGGAGGCACCUGUCGCCAGACAAGUGACCAUUCCUAUGAGUGUGCUUGUCUAGCAGGGUUUGAGGGACACAACUGUGAGAAUAAUGUGGAUGACUGUCCAGGUCACAAGUGCAUGAACGGAGGAAUAUGUGUAGAUGGAGUUAAUACCUACAACUGCCAAUGUCCACCUGAAUGGACAGGACAAUACUGCGCUGAAGAUGUCAAUGAGUGUCUCAUGCAACCAAAUGCCUGCCAUAACGGUGGUACUUGCUUCAACACCAUUGGUGGUCAUACCUGUGUUUGUGUUAAUGGCUGGACUGGCGAUGACUGCAGUGAGAACAUCGAUGAUUGUGCAAUAGCUGUUUGCUUUAAUGGUGCCACUUGCCAUGACCGAGUGGCAUCCUUUUUCUGCGAGUGCCCAGUUGGGAAGACAGGUUUGCUGUGCCACCUUGAUGAUGCAUGUGUGAGUAAUCCGUGCAAUGAGGGUGCAGUUUGUGACACCAACCCUCUAAAUGGACGUGCCAUUUGCACCUGUCCUGCUGGUUUUGUGGGAGGUGCCUGCAAUCAGGACAUGGAUGAAUGUUCAAUUGGUGCAAACCCGUGUGAGCAUUUUGGGAAAUGUGUAAAUACAGAGGGCUCCUUCCAGUGUCAGUGCGGUCGGGGAUAUGCUGGACCACGCUGUGAGAUUGACAUCAAUGAAUGCCUUUCCAUGCCCUGCCAGAACGAUGCAACUUGCUUAGACCGUAUUGGAGAGUUCACAUGCAUCUGCAUGCCAGGCUACUCGGGGACUUUCUGCGAGGUUGACAUAGAUGACUGUGAAAGCAACCCAUGUGUCAACGAUGGCAUCUGUCAGGACUUGAUCAAUGGCUUCACAUGCACCUGCCAGCCAGGCUUUACUGGCACCAUGUGUCAAAUUGACAUAGAUGAGUGUGCUAGCACGCCUUGCCAAAAUGGAGCAAAAUGCUACGACCGGCCCAAUGGGUUUGAGUGCCGCUGUGCUGAAGGUUAUGAAGGACGACUCUGUGAGAGCAAUAUCAACAACUGUCAGCCUGACCCAUGCCACCAUGGUGCUUGCAUAGAUGGCAUUGCUAGCUUUACAUGUAGCUGUUAUCCUGGAUACACAGGCUAUCGCUGUGAGAAUCAGCUCAAUGAGUGCCACAGCAACCCCUGUCAGAAUGGGGGUAAGUGUGUGGACCAGGUCAACAAGUAUAUCUGUCAGUGCCAGCAUGGAACUUCAGGCACAAACUGUGAGAUUAACUUUGAUGAUUGCGCAAGUAACCCAUGUGAUUAUGGAAUCUGCAAAGACGGCAUCAACCGCUAUGACUGUGUAUGCAAACCUGGUUUUACAGGUCCCAAAUGUAAUGUGGAAAUAGACGAGUGUGCAUCCAGCCCCUGUAGAAAUGGGGGAACAUGUGUUGAUGAAGAGAAUGGAUUUCAUUGCCAGUGUCCUGAAGGUUUUAAGCCCCCAUACUGUUACUCCCAGGUAGAUGAGUGUGGCAGCAGCCCAUGCGUCCAUGGUUCCUGUAGAGAUGACAUCAAUGGUUAUCGCUGUGACUGUGAACCUGGAUGGGUAGGAAAGAACUGUGACCUGGACAGGAACGACUGUUUGCCAAGUCCUUGCCAGAAUGCUGGGACGUGCAUCGACCAACUCAAUGGUUUCAUCUGCAAGUGUCGCCAAGGCUUCAGAGGUAACCUCUGCCAGGUGAACAUUAAUGAAUGUGCAUCUGGCCCCUGUCUGAACAAGGGCACUUGUGUGGAUGGAGUGGCAAGUUUCACUUGUCUGUGUGAGCCUUCCUUUAGUGGACCAACUUGUGCUGAGGCCCUCACACCUUGCUCUCCUAACCCCUGUGCCAAUCACGCAGUCUGCACCCACACACCAGACUAUCGGGGCUAUCAAUGUAACUGUCAGCCAGGGUGGCAAGGUCAGCUGUGUAAUAUAGAUGUGAAUGAAUGCCUGUCAAACCCCUGCAAAAACCGUGGGACUUGUACUAACACGCUUGGAGGCUUCGUGUGCUCUUGCAGAGCAGGAUUCACUGGGCCAACCUGUGAAACAGACAUCAAUGACUGUAUUCCAAAUCCCUGCUUAAGUGGAGGUUCUUGCACUGACGGAGUGAACUCAUUCCACUGUAGCUGCUUGCCAGGGUUUACAGGCCCCCGCUGUGCUCAGGAGAUCAAUGAAUGUCAGAGUUCCCCCUGCAAAAAUGGAGGCACCUGUACAGACUAUGUUAACUCUUACACUUGCACAUGUUCACCUGGUUUCACUGGCAUCCACUGUGAAAUCAACAUCCCUGACUGCACUGAAAGCUCUUGCUUCAAUGGAGGAUCAUGCACGGAUAAAAUCAAUGGCUAUUCUUGUACCUGUCGCUCAGGCUUCACUGGUUCCCACUGCCAAUAUGAAGUGAAUGAGUGUAACUCCCAGCCCUGUCUCAACGGGGGUAUCUGUCAGGAUGCCCUGGAGUCCUUCCGCUGCUCUUGCUCCAAAGGCUAUACUGGCAAUCGGUGCCAGACACCAGUUGAUUGGUGCAGACGCUCAUCUCCGUGCCAAAAUGGGGGACGCUGUCGCCAAAAGGAUUCUUCUUUUAUCUGUGAAUGUUUUCUUGGUUGGUCUGGUCGGUACUGUGACAUCCCAAGGGUCUCAUGUGAGAUAGCUGCUCGCCAGCAAGGGAUACAAACGGACAAACUAUGCCAUCAUGGUGGUCACUGUGUCAACACUGGGAAUACCCACUUUUGUAAAUGUCCUUCUGAUUACACUGGAAGCUAUUGUGAAAAUCAAGUGGACCAGUGUGAAGACAAACCAUGCCGCAAUGGCGCCACCUGCAGGUCAUAUGUUGGCGGAUACCAGUGUGAUUGUAUGCCAGGCUACACAGGACAGAACUGUGAGAUAGAGGUCAACGAGUGUCAGUCUCACCCAUGCCAGAAUGGAGGAACUUGCAUUGAUCUAGUGGGACAUUAUAUCUGCUCAUGUCCCCCUGGCACAUUGGGUGUUCUCUGUGAGAUCAACGAAGAUGACUGUGCUCCAUCCCCAAGGCGUGGUGCUCCACCAAAGUGUCUGAACAAUGGAACCUGUGUUGAUAGAGUGGGUGGUUAUCGCUGCAACUGUCCCCCUGGUUUUACAGGAGAAAGAUGUGAGGGAGACAUAAACGAGUGUCACUCUAACCCCUGUAGUCCCUCCAACAGUCUCGACUGCAUCCAAAUGCCCAAUGAUUACCUAUGUGUCUGCAAACCUGGGUUUACAGGUCGAAGGUGUCAGAACAGGUUCAGUGUCUGUGAGUCUCAGCCAUGUCAGAAUGGAGGAGCUUGUUCUAUGACCAGCUCUUCCCUAGGAUACACCUGCACAUGUCAACUUGGCUACACUGGUCCAAAUUGUGAAAGAAGCAUGUCCUGCCGUGAGUUGUCCUGCUACAAUGGAGGGAGCUGUGCAGUUACAACAAGAGGGGCACGUUGCAUCUGUUUGUCAGGUUAUGGUGGGCCCCAGUGUCAGCAUCGCAGUAAUGAAGGGUGUUCCUCCCAGCCAUGCCGCAACGGGGGGUUAUGCACUGAAGAGACAAGCUUCCCGUACUUUCACUGCCAAUGUCCCAACGGGUGGAUAGGCAAACGGUGUGAGCAUAUCAUUAUGCCUGAGAUUCCUGUACCUUCAUGCCCCCUGGCAGACUGUAAUGGAAAAAGCAAUGAUGGAGUUUGUGAUAAGGAAUGCAACACUCUUCUUUGUCGUUGGGAUGGUGGCGACUGCUCAUUGGCAAUGAAUCCCUGGGCUCAUUGUACUGACCGUCGCUGUUGGCGUGUUUUUAACAACAGCCAGUGCGACGACGACUGUAACAACGCAAACUGUCUGUAUGACAACUUUGAUUGCAGAACCAAGGAAAAAGUUUGCAAUCCAAUAUAUGAGACCUACUGCAUUGAUCACUUUGCUGAUGGGAUGUGUGACCCUGGCUGCAACACAGAAGAGUGUGGGUGGGAUGGCUUAGACUGUGCAGGGAAGGUUCCAGAAGAACUUGCUGAUGGCGUCCUAGUUUUGAUAGUGCUUUUGCCACCAGAUGAGCUUAUUCGUACCAGAACAGCAUUUUUGCAGAAAUUAAGUGCAAUCUUGCGCACUUCAGUGCGCUUCAGACGAGACCAGAAUGGAGAUGAAAUGAUUCAUCCCUACACCCGUCAAGAAGCCCGCCUCAAGAGAGAACUCGAGCCUCAACAGGAGGUUGUCGGGUGAGUCGUACAGACGGGACACAAACAACUAGUUUUCGUGCAGACUACACAAUACACAAAACACCUUCUUCUCUGCUUUGUUUGUAGCUCCAAAGUCUAUCUGGAGAUAGACAACCGUUUGUGUUCUCAAGGUCCAGAAAACUGUUUCCUUACAGCUGACAUUGCUGCAGAGUACCUGGGAGCCCUGUCUGCAACAGAUAUGUUUAACUUCCCUUAUCCCGUCAAAGCAGUCCAGGGUCAGAAGUUCCCUCCUGAUAUAAUACCACUAUGGAUCAAGCUGAUGCUGGCAGGAAUAGCUUUUUUUUUAAUUCUGGUCAUUGUUUUGAUGGGUAUGUUGAUUGCUCGCAGAAAACGAGAGCACAGCACCCUCUGGUUCCCCGAAGGCUUCUUUCUCAAGAAAGAACCCAGCAGUAACAAGAACCGCAGGGAACCUGUGGGCCAAGAUGCUCUUGGAAUGAAACACAUGCCGAAAACCAUUGAGGAAUCUCUUCUUGGAGAUCAUAGUGAUCAGUGGAUGGACUCAGACUGCCCUGAAGCAAAAAGACUUAAGGUAGAGGAGCCAAGCAUGCUCUCAGACGGUGAAGAUGCGGUGGACUGCAGACAGUGGACACAGCAUCACCUUGCAGCUGCUGACAUUCGUGUACCACCCACAAUGGCCCUUACUCCACCUCAAGGAGAAUUUGAAAGCGACUGCAUGGAUGUUAAUGUCCGAGGGCCAGAUGGUUUUACACCUCUCAUGCUCGCAUCAUUCUGUGGAGGAGGCCUAGAACCCGAGGUGGCAGAGGAGGAGGAGAGUGAAGAGUGUUCGGCCAACAUCAUUUCUGACCUAAUCUACCAGGGUGCGUCCCUCGCUGCCCAAACAGACCGUACCGGUGAGACAGCACUCCACUUAGCUGCUCGCUACGCUCGUGCUGAUGCUGCUAAGAGAUUACUCGACGCUGGGGCAGAUGCCAAUGCUCAAGACAACACAGGACGCACACCUUUACAUGCUGCAGUGGCUGCUGAUGCACAGGGUGUCUUCCAGAUUCUAAUUCGAAAUCGUGCAACUGAUCUUGACUCACGUAUGUACGAUGGCUCUACCGCACUCAUCCUGGCUGCACGGCUAGCAGUAGAAGGCAUGGUUGAGGAACUUAUUACUUGUCAUGCAGAUGUUAAUGCCGUUGAUGAACUGGGUAAAUCUGCCUUGCACUGGGCUGCGGCUGUUAACAAUGUGGAUGCCACUAUUGCUUUGCUGAAGAAUGGAGCUAACAAAGAUAUGCAAGACCUGAAGGAGGAGACCCCUCUGUUCCUUGCAGCUCGUGAGGGCAGCUGUGAGGCUGUGAAGGUGCUGCUUGCUCACUUUGCGAACCGAGAAAUCACAGACCACAUGGACAGGUUACCAAGAGACAUUGCUCAGGAGCGUAUGCACCAUGACAUCGUGCAGCUUCUUGAUGAAUACAACACAGUAAGGAGUCCCCAGGGCCAUGGAGGGGCUGGACAUCAACUCACUGGGGGACACACUUUGUCCCCACUCAUGUGCCCUCCCACUGCUUUCCUCCCUAGUCUGAAGAACACCCCACAGGGCAAGAAGAGCCGUCGGCCUGGAGCCAAGGGUUCCAGCCUGGGAGGCCAGCAUGCUACUAGUCUCAAGGAAUCAGUAAAAGCUCGCAAUAAGAAGCUCACCCUGGACAUGCAGAGUGCAUUACUGGACAGCUCAGUUACUUUGUCCCCAGUUGACUCACUGGACUCACCUCAUGGGGGAGCUAGCAAUGCUGGUUACAUCACCAAUCCCACUUCCCCUGUGGCCAUGCAGUCACCAAUCUUCCACUCCUCCAUGUCCGUUCCAAGCACUCCAAUGAUACAUAGUAGCAUGCUGGAAGGAGGGGGCCCCUUUGCUGUGUCACUUGCUCAAAUCAAUGACCUUGGAGCUGGAGGAAUGUCUUUACCUGGUCGCGUCUCUAUGACUUCUGAUGUCAACCAUGGCUAUGUGCUGAGCUCAGGCCAGCUGGGAGUCAACAUGGGAAUGGUCAGUCCUGUUAGUGUGCCCUUUGACUGGCACAAUCGCCUGCCACCCUCCUCUCAGUGUGGUCAGCAAGUUGUGAACAUGGUGCAUAGUAGCCAGGCAAACAUGCAUCCUCAGAGUCCAGCGAUGCAGCAGCAGAGCAUGCUGAUGCACCAGCAGCUCUUUUGCAGUCCUAUGCUGCAGCCUACACCUGUUACCUCCACGCCUGCCAUCAGCCCAGUGAAGCUGCCUUCCAUCGCUGAGCAGCAGCAGCUCAUCAAUCACAGCAUCACCAACCAGCAAAGCAUUGCUCGCAUGAGCACUUCCACCCCACCGACACCUCAGACCUCGCAGCCCCCGCCGUCAUUCUUCCAGCAGCAGCAGUUGCCUCAGCAGUCCUCUCAGCUGAAGCCUCCUGCUCAGCCCACCCAAACAGCCACGUCAGCAGGCCAGCCCACUCAGGCUCUUCCCUCCCAGCCAAGUGGCAGCACUGCAGGGAACGAGGAUUAUCCAACCCCUCCCUCCCAGCACAGCUAUUCAUCAACACUAGAUGCUACACCCAAGCAUUACCACAAUUUGCCCAGCGAGCACCCCUAUCUGACCCCUUCUCCAGAGUCUCCAGAACAUUGGUCCAGUCCCUCUCCUCACUGUGUCUCUGACUGGUCAGAUUCCACACCCAGUCCCGCAGUUGCUGUCCCCAACCAGACCCAAAUUACUCAAAUCCCUGAUGCCAAUGGCAAGAUGCAGGUGUUUGCAUGAAGAUUCUACGAUCUCUACCUAAAAAUGGACCUGGGGUAAAAAGAAUCUGUGGACUGGCUCUUGGGUCAGGGUUUUUAUCUGUCAGUCUGUUUUCAAAAUAUUUAUUGAAUUUAGAUUGACAAUGUUCAGCACGAGGAACGUCUGCUUGUGAUUGUGCGGAAAAAAAAGUAAAAGUAAAUGUAUGUUGUCUGAAAAAAUAGACAAUUUAAUGAAGUAUUUCUGUCACAGAUAGAUUUUUUUAUUAUUAAAAAAAAAAAGUAUAUGAAGAAAACCAAGUCUUUAUUUCAAAGACUUUGGGACACCUUCCUGAAAACUAACAAACAUUAUAAAAAUAGAUAAGACAAAAAGUGAAAUAUUGAAGGGAAUCCAUUUAUUUUUAUUUAUUGUUUUUAUCUAUCUGAACAGUUUUUUUUUGUUUGUUUUGUUUAUAGCUUCUCAUAUAAACUG